UACUGCCACACGCCUCCGACGACGCGUCAGGCAGCCGCUGGGGAGGACGCGGCAGGAGCCUCAAAUGCCACCUACUCCCCGGCCUCUCUCCCAGUUGAUGCUUCUAUUUUAGGCACCACAUUAUUUCCUGCUGUGAUUUUUUCAGCCUUCUAAUUUGGGCUCUGAGGUUUAUGACCAGAAGAAAAAGAAAGAGAAAGACGGCAAGCUAAACCCUGCUUCACGCUGAGCCCUACUUCACAACUUCCAGCCACUUGUUUAUGAAGGAAAAUAAAUAGAGGUAUUUUUAAAUGCCAGAAGAAAUAACUGAAAGAGUUUAAAGCUGCUACAGAAGAGGACUGAGGAGCAUUAGGGCAAGAAACAGAAGAAAGGGCUCCUAUAUACUGACCUGCUUCCUGCCGCAGCAAUCCCAAAGUAUCAAGGAUCCGACAAGCUUCCAGUGAGCACUGGAUCAUUGCCUCUUUUUUCUUUCCUGAGUGAAUGGCCUCAGCCACCAGUUGUUUUCCAGUCGAAUCAUCCACAGGAUGAAGAGCCGGGUGCUGCCUCCAAAGCGAAGAACAUGCCCGACGUGGACCCGACAAUAGGACAGGAAUCUUGCAUUAUUGAUCUUUGUCUCUUCACAUAAUGCCUGGCAUUUAACAAAUGUUUGCUGAACUUGAAGAGACAUAAGGGCAAUGAAUCUGCACAGGGAGAAUAUCUUUGGUCCUACAGUUUUGCCAACACUGAUAUUUUUCUAAGUGGUUUUGAAUAGCCUGCUUUUUACUUAAACAACUGGCUAGACUUCCUAUUUUUCACUGCAGAAGCCUAUAACCUACAGUUGCCAGAUAUUUAAACACAUCACUUUUAGGAUAUCAUCUACAUUUAACCUGAGACCUCUUCUUAUUCCAAAAUGUUGAGAUACUGGGGAGAGAUACCAAUAUCAUCAAGCCAGACCAACAGAAGUUCCUUUGAUUUGCUUCCACGGGAGUUCCGUCUGGUGGAAGUCCAUGACCCACCCCUGCACCAACCCUCAGCCAACAAGCCCAAGCCCCCUACCAUGCUGGACAUCCCCUCAGAGCCGUGCAGCCUCACCAUCCAUACCAUUCAGUUGAUCCAACAUAACCGACGUCUUCGCAGCCUUAUUGCCACAGCUCAGGCCCAGAAUCAGCAGCAGACAGAAGGUGUAAAGACUGAAGAGAGUGAACCUCUUCCUUCCUGCCCUGGGUCACCUCCUCUCCCUGAUGACCUCCUACCUUUAGAUUGUAAGAAUCCUAAUGCACUGUUCCAGAUCCGGCACAGUGACCCAGAGAGUGACUUUUAUCGUGGGAAAGGGGAACCUGUGACUGAACUCAGCUGGCACUCCUGUCGACAGCUCCUCUACCAGGCAGUAGCCACAAUCCUGGCCCACGCAGGCUUUGAGUGUGCUAAUGAAAGUGUCCUGGAGACCCUAACUGAUGUGGCACAUGAGUAUUGCCUUAAGUUCACCAAGUUGCUGCGCUUUGCUGUGGAUCGGGAGGCCCGGCUGGGACAGACUCCUUUCCCUGAUGUCAUGGAGCAGGUAUUCCAUGAAGUGGGUAUUGGCAGUGUGCUCUCCCUCCAGAAGUUCUGGCAGCACCGCAUCAAGGACUAUCACAGUUACAUGCUACAGAUUAGUAAGCAACUCUCUGAAGAAUAUGAAAGGAUUGUCAAUCCUGAGAAGGCCACAGAGGACACUAAACCUGUGAAGAUCAAGGAGGAACCUGUAAGCGACAUCACCUUCCCUGUCAGUGAGGAACUGGAGGCCGACCUUGCUUCUGGAGACCAGUCACUGCCCAUGGGAGUCCUUGGGGCUCAGAGUGAGCGCUUCCCAUCUAACCUGGAGGUUGAAGCUUCGCCACAGGCUUCAAGUGCAGAGGUAAAUGCUUCUCCUCUUUGGAAUCUGGCCCAUGUGAAAAUGGAGCCUCAAGAGAGCGAAGAAGGCAAUGUCUCUGGGCAUGGUGUGCUGGGCAGCGAUGUCUUCGAGGAGCCCAUGUCAGGGAUGAGUGAGGCCGGGAUCCCUCAGAGCCCUGAUGACUCAGACAGCAGCUAUGGUUCCCACUCCACUGAUAGCCUCAUGGGGUCCUCCCCUGUUUUCAACCAGCGCUGCAAGAAGAGGAUGAGGAAGAUAUAAAAAGAAAAAAAGGAGAUUUUUGUCUAGAUCUACUAUAGAAAACCUUGAUAUAUUAAAAUUUGUUUCCACAAACAGUGAUUUGAUUCUUAUUCUUAAAUACAGUGGGCUUUCCUAAUUUCAGAGGAACUGGACUUAACCAAACAAGGUUGCAUUUUACUUUUGCAUCCGGUUUUUACAGUUUUCCACAACAACCAAGCCACUGUUCACAGAUGAAACAUGAUGCUGGCAUGGUAAUCAGGAGACCAAAGCACUGUCCCUGACUACUGUCUUUUCUGUGACUAGACACGUUACUUAGCUUCUCUACAACCAUUUCUCUUGUACAACUGAGAAUCAUACCUCUUUGACCAACCUUGCAGAGAUGUGAAGAUUGAGAUGUUUGCUAAACUUCAAAACUGUGUUUGAAUAGACUUAUAAGUAAAUAUAUGCUGAUAUCA